CAUCAGAGAGUGGAGUAGGGUAACUCUUCCCUCUGAAGUAUCUAAGAAAAUGCCAGGAGUACACAGACUAGUAAAUUACACUCUGUGGUCUGGGUAAGAUGAAAAAAAUUGGAAACAAAAGAAAGGAUAUUUUGGCUAGAUUAAGAAAAAAGAGACUUCAGACAUUUACAAAUUAUGUGGAAAUGUUAAUUAAUCCUCAAAACAAAGAAUGACCAUAACAUCAGGAUGUUUUAGAGGAGACACUUGCACAAACGGGUAGUGAGACUGGAAUCGAAUCACUGGGCAACACUGAGCACCUCUUCUAACUGAGGUCCUAUCAGUAAUAAAAACUGUGUAAAAUUUAUCAGAUGAAUAAUAUUUUAUAACUAUGUUUGUGAUUGUGGCUGGGAAAGGAAGGAAAAGACAUGUUGAAACUCACUAAUAUGUUCAAUAACUUAGAGAGUGAGAACAUCUCAAUGGUCCGUGGGACAAUUUCUCUAGUGGCACUGGUGGGGUGCAAAGGAGAAGGGGUUGGGGGAGCAAAGCACAGCCUGAGCCUCUCUACAUGCACUGUAGUAGCCCAGCACAAUGGGGACCUCUCAGACCUGCCAGGAAACCUGAUACCAGACACUUCUUUCUUCCUCCCUUUGCCUGGAAAAUGACCAUCUUCUCUCCUUUUCAGGUGCGGUUCCUGGAGCAGCAGAACAAGGUUCUGGAAACCAAGUGGACCCUGCUGCAGGAGCAGGGCACCAAGACCGUGAGGCAGAACCUGGAGCCAUUGUUCGAGCAGUACAUCAACAACCUCAGGAGGCAGCUGGACAGCAUCGUUGGAGAACGGGGCCGCCUGGACUCCGAGCUCAGAGGCAUGCAGGACCUGGUGGAGGACUUCAAGAACAAAUAUGAGGAUGAAAUCAACAAGCGCACAGCAGCAGAGAAUGAAUUUGUGACUCUGAAGAAG